CCAAUGAGAAAAUAAUUUGCGUUUAUUUGCCAUAUGAUUAUUUUAUUAUUGAAACUGACCGAUGUCACGUGCUUGUUUACAGGUCCAGGAUCUGUUACUAUUCAUGAAAUUGCUCUAAAUACGUUUCUGGAACGAAACGGUAUUUGGCGACGAUCAAGAAGAGGGUGCGUAUAAGCACAUACAUGAAUCAAACCGGCUCGAUGACAUCAUGGCUGCAGUGUUAGCAUCGAUAGACGUACUCCCGGUGGCAGGACUAAACGUGAGCAAUAGCACGGAGCAGGACUUUGAAUAUGACGAUGCAGUGUUCAGGCCACAUGUCCACAUGGCAGAUAAACUGUGGGCCGUCGGUAGCCUCCUGCUCGUGUGUAUCGUCGUCCUAUUUGCCGUGUCACAUUCGCAGAUGUGGAAGUCACGAUACUAUGACGUGGCAACACCCGAGGGUGUCUUCAACCCUAACGAGAUUGUUGACACGGAGAGCGUUGCAGUGCUCAUUCAGAAAAAGCUGAAAUAUAUCAGACAGUUUAAGCAGAAGUGGCGAAAUCGGCGACAAGCGAAAAUGCAAGAUUCGAGAAGUGCUGAUGAGAUAGCGGUGUUACUUCAUUCCGGGAUGGAUGAUGACGAUGAUGAUGAGGAGGAUGAGCUGUUUUCCAUAAACCUCCUCAAACAGCUCUAGCAUUGGUAGGAAUUCUCAUAACCUCUGAUAUCAACUUAGGGACCAUCUUCGUAAAAUAACCGCAUUCGCCACUUAUGUAUAUAUUGUAAAUCAUCAUAAAAUGUCAUUGCUUGGUGAAUGAAAGCAUAGCUGACCGCUAUGAGGCAGUAUCAUAAGUAUUAUAAACAGUAUAAGUACUAUAUGUUGUAGGUGAAUUUCACUGUUAUAAAGAGAACUGCUAAUAAUGAGGGUUACAGCAGCUCUUGGAUCUGGCCGGAUAGUUCCUGGCAGAACCCCAAUUUUUCAGAGUUACAGUUUCAGCCAAAUUGUCCGUCAGGUCUGAAUCUCUACGCGAAAAAUAUGGCGUAUACAGUAGUUGUCCAGAACUCUAACUUAUUCCUAAUUUUAUUUCCGUUGCAAGAAACAUCUUACUGGCAGGCAAUUAUAGGUUUAGCAUUAUACUUCUUGCCUAAUUGAACUCCAUGAAUAUCUAAAAUUACCUCUAUUAAGGGAGAUUUUCUCUUGCACUGAAAGCAGUGUACUCAUACACCUAGGAAGCAUCUUGUACUUAGAACUUCUAGCAUAGUCUUUACCUGCCUUGUGCAUUGUCAUGUUGAUUUUCAGUUAAGGUUCCUGUUUCGGUUCCGGCUGGAACUUUAAAAUUCAGAUCAGAAUCAAAAGUUUUACAGCGUAAUAGUAAGGUCUUUUUGGCACAAUUACAGGCCUUUAAACUUAUAUAUGGUGGAGUCUUUUGAAAUAAGUGUGUGACACUUGACUAUCUAGAUGCGACUGAGUGUACUUAUUGAUGAGAUGAAAAAUACUGAUGAAUUUUAUUCUGUGUCUGUGCCAAAUCCUGAUGCAUGAUUACAUCUUGAUUGGUCUGCUGCAUCUUUGUGAGUUUAAUGUACAAACUGUGUCAGGUUGAAGAAUUUGCUGCUGCCUACUGUGCAGUGUAAAUCAAAUAUAGAGCGUUAGUACUAGAGCUGCAAUGAAAUGCCUAAUCCACGAUACAAUAUAUAUCACGAUAUUUGGGCCAUAAUACAUUAUGUAUUAAAACAUGGUACAUAAUAUGUGCAGUUAUUAAACCUUAGUAAUGCUCAUAGGGUCUAUGUCCUUCAGGGUACUGCCGGAACGUACCCUGGGUACAGUCCGGUAUACCG